CUUAAAUUUGAUUGUACGAUUUUUACGUGUAACAGAGUAUUUCAGGUCACACGCAGAGUACUUCUUCCACCAGUGAGAUGACUCCAAUGGAACCGUAAACAUGCUGGUCAGCUCCCAAUCUACAAACAAAGGAACAAACCCAAUGGGUCUGCUCAGUAGGCUACAUCUUCACCCCACCCACCACAUGUUCAGGGAUCCGAAGCACCGCCUCUGAAACUGAUCCCUCUGAGUAAAAGAACUCUCAGCCUCAGAGAGUCGCAGCUAACUGGAAGCAAUUCCAUAAAUCCAGAGUCUGCGAGUCUCCACCCGAGAGGACUUCCAUUCAAGAGCAGCCUGCAGCAAAGAAACACCGUGCAACAGUCUCAUUUAAAAAAACAAAAACAUUUACGCAACAAAAAAAACGCUGCGUAAGUAAAACUGAAAUCAAACACGGCGGCAGCAAACCUUCUCUGGGAUCCCGACUCGAGUCUAGGAAAUAAAGCAAGAAGUAGAGAUUUCAGCUCGUCUGUUUUGGAAGGAAACAAAAUGUCUAAACCUAAUUACUCCGGCACAUUUCAUAUGGUGGAUCAGGUUAAUAUGGACAGCUACCUCGCAGCUUUAGAUAUUAAUUUUGCCCUGAGGAAGAUUGUGUGUCUGUUGAAGCCCUCCAAAGAGAUCAGCCACGACAUGGCCACAGGGGCCAUGAAGAUCCGCACUCUAACCACCUUCAAGAACUUCAACAUGGAUUUCACUAUCGGAGAAGAAUUCACUGAAGACCUGAGACCAGUGGACGGUCGUACCUGUCAGACUACAGUGAGCUGGGAAGGAGAUAACCUGGUUUGUGUACAGCGAGGCGAGAAAGAUGGACGAGGCUGGACACACUGGCUGGAGGGUGACAAGCUGCAUUUGGAGAUGAGAGUUCAGGGCAUCGUUGCCAAGCAAGUCUUCAAGAAGGCUGAUUGAAGUAACAGAAAAUAUGUUUUAGUGAAAUUAUUCUUAACAGAAUACAGUUAAAGGGAUACUUUGCCUAUGUUUAACCAGCUUUCUAUCAUAACAAUGUGGGUACUAUAUAAAUGAAGUGUUAUUAUGGAACCCACGCAACUUCUAGGCAAGACCCGCCCUUCAGUAGCAUUCACACGCUACUAUUGGCCAGGAGUCCAUGCUUACGCAAGGUAACUGAACCCGAUUUCUUCAGGUCCUAUACCCCUGAACAGUCAGCUAUUGUAACCUAAACUACUAGAGUUCAAUGCCUAAUCCCAACCAGUCGUGCUGCAUCGUGGGCGGGACUUGCCUAGAAGUUGCGUUGGAUCCAUAAUAACGCGUAAAUGAACUAUGGUAAACUUCCCCUCCAUCUUGCCAGCUCCCAGAUCUCCGUGCUCAUCUCCCAGCGAAACGGCAGCAAAUUAUGCGUUUUGCUGCCCCUCUCUCUAUAAACAUAUAUAUAAACAAAGUCAUCCAACCAGCUCACCUAGAUGUUUUUCAGAAGCAUCUUUUAGCUUACCGUUUAGCUGUAAUACGAGAUUGUUUGCUACCAGCCGGUCGCCAUAUUAUAUCUGUGAGGUGCUCGCGUUAGGCUCGUUCGAGAUGAGCCAGGCCUGAGCAGAAUCGAUCAACCCCAGUGUUCCCAGUGCAUGCCAGUUAGAUUUGUGUCCGACUUGAUCCCGACUUGCUCUGACGUCAUGCACACUUGGGCAUCAAGGCAGCCGCAGGUUUGAGACGCUGGCAGCGCAGUUGCUCUUCACCGAUUGCAAGACCCAGGCGGACCCAGGGCAUGCUGGGAAACGCCUGCCUCUCAGCUGAUCUAACAGCUGAUUGGUUCAGAAUCGACUCAACAUGAUAACAUUUUAUAUACAUUUUUUUUAUUGCUUUUGAAUUGGAGGGAUUUUAAUUGCUAUUUGUCUGAUUUAAAGGCUUAGUCUGUACAGAACACAUGUAGUGUGGCUGAUAGUUAAAUUUAUAAAUCAGAGAGAUUAAAUCCGUUCAAAUUACGGAUCAUCUACAGUCUGUUGUCAACAUCAGCAACAGAUCACAGGUAGAGCAUUUUAAUAACAACAACUGUAGACUUUGUACAAGCUGAUAUAUGGGUCUGAUAACAUUUUAUUACAUCGGAAUCAGAGCUAACAGGAUGUGAGUGUUUCUGUGACUUCCUGUUCAGCCUAAAGGCUGCUAGAAGCGGCUGGAAACUGUCCAACUUGACCGCAGCUUUUUGUCACCGCCCCCUGCUGCUGCCGCCUGCUCUCAUCUACUUUACAGGCGAGGCGCAGUUAAUCAAGAAUGAGCCUACUAUGUAACCCACCAGCAGGAGCCUUUAUUGUUUUGGUGAGGUGCAAUGCAUUUUGGUAGUUGUAGUUUUAUUUUUUAGAACAUUUUGAGCAAAGGGAAUACCACAGCCCCUUUUCUUAGUUUUCUCUGGUCUUGUAGCACCAAUUUAAAAACAGCCAAGUUUAAUGAAAAGGCCCUUUUUCCAUUGUCAAAAUACUUCUUUAAGGACUCGGUCAACAUCUGAAUCAUUUUUAUAGUUUUUUUAUUAUAAUCAACAUUAUUUUGAAAUAUCACAAUAAGACCUGUAAAAAUACAUCGUAAUUACCUCUGUCUAAUGGUACUAACUGAGAAUGGCUUGUGUAAACAUUCCCUACACACUUCCUCGUAUUGCACUAUCGAUCUUUACAAUGUUAUAAACAAAUUUUACAUCUGUCAGAAGUCA